AUGGAUAUCGACGAGGCAGAUCUACAAAAUGUCGAGUUGGCCGACGACUCGGUGGACACGUGGACAUUUGUGAGACGCAAAGUGCUGGCGGACUUGCGUACAGACCGUCCGAGGACAGCACAUCCCGACGACGCGGCGGCCACAACACUACUUCAUAUGGACCCCGAGUUGCAAGUGCUCCCCGAUGCGCUGAGUACAAGCGCAUAUCUCCGUGAGAUUCUAGUGAGUGAACAAGCACACGAACCUAUGCGGGGAGUGAAAAUUCAACACUCCCACCAGCGCAGUCGGAUGGCAUGUAGAUCAGCUCUGCAGGCAAAACAUGAGAUCAGGCAGGAGCGCCUAUUCUUCCGCCACGAAGUGCACAUGCUGGCCCACAUCCGCGCACAGGAGGAUGGUCUUCGAGACCCAGUGAUCGGCGAGGAAGAUGAGGACCACCUCCUUGAACGGAAGCUUCGCGCGAUACACCGCUCGGCUGUGUAUAAGCGCGUGAAGGAGCGCGCUCUGCUCUACCGGGAGCAAGAGACAAGGAACAGGGAAGCAGUUCAAACAUUGAAACGGGAGGGGUUCGAUACCGAAUGA